AAUAAUUGCUAUUAUGUUUUAUUAAGUUUAUGUGUUGAGUUGUUAAAUGUUAAUUUAUUGCAUAUAAUUGUUAGUUACUGUGAACAUUUUAUUAUUAAACAUGGCUUUGCUAAAUUUAGGAGAUGAUCCUUGGUUGAUUGAAUAUGGGUCCUGUGAAAAACUGCAAAGGGAUAUUAUGGAGCAGUUAAGAGUGAGGGAAAGGACACAAGCAAGUGAAUCGUACUCAAGGUUAUCAGCAGCCAUAAGAUUGAGACUUAAGCAAUACAAAAAUGAGGUACGACAAUUGGAAGAAAAAGUAUCCGAGUUGUGUGACUUGGGUACCAUAACAUUUGAUGAAGGUGAGAGAAGGAAGAGGCAAAUUGAGCAUUUGCAAUCUAAGAGCAAUCAAAUGGAUAAGAUGUUCAGUGAUAACACUUCAUUUGCACACCAGGAAAGAGCAUCAUUAUUGGGAUCUUCUGAUUGGGGAAGUUCCAGGGAUGAUAGACUGUUGGAUGCAGGCAAUGAAAGUGUGAAUGAUAUACAGAAGCAUAAACAGAGGAUGCUUGUUGAACAAGAAGAGGGCUUGGAUAACUUGUCAAAGAUAAUAGCCAGGCAAAAAGACAUUGCCCAGACUAUUGGUGCUGAAGUGGAUCUGCAGUACAAUAUAAUCGACGAUUUGGGUACUCAUAUCACUAGAACUGAUGCUCGUAUCAACAAUGAAACGAGGCACAUUACCGUUGUCGAUAGGAAAGACAAAAGUUGCGUUUACUGGGUGAUAAUUGUGCUUCUCUUUUUGAGUAUAAUCACAGUAGUAUCUAUAUAAUAUCUCGCUUUAAGACGUUUUAACCAAAGUACCGUUAUUUACAUAUUUUUUUAUUGGAAUAAUGCAUUUAUAAUAUAUCACGUAGAAAAAGAAAUGCCUACUUUUGGUUUACUCUUUUUUUUUGAUAUAGAAAUAAUAUAAUAAAGUAUAAUG